AUGAUUGAGACAACGGGAAAAAUCGAGUAUAGCAAGUCCAAGACGAUUCCCUGUGAUGGAAGCAAUGAUGAUGAGGAGGAAGAGUCUAGUAAUUACCUGCCCGUGAAGUAUGAAAAAACUCUGGAGUUGGACAAGGAGAAUGAGACGAGUAACACCCUGGAUGAUGGAGUAAAGAAAUGCCAAGGUGAUGAGUUGAGCAACUCCCCAAAGGGGCCCAAGUCGAAAGGUGCAAAAGGUGCAAAGGGUGCGAAGAGCAAAAAUAAGGGAAAUGCUGCUAAUCGCGCAAAAGGCGACGCAGCGGUAGAUUUCUCCAAAACAGAGACCCUUGAUGACGGCACCAUGGAGACAACAACCAGUGGAAGACACACCCCUUCUGCUCAAAUCCCCAACGUAAGUAUGAAAAAAGCGUUGCAUGAAAAUGUUUCUGCAAAUGCGGAACACGUGGAGGAAGGUCGAGACAACAUGUGCAUGGGAAGGAUGGACACGGAGGUUGUGUCGAAUGGUAAUGUGUAUAACAGGAAUGUCACAAGUACGAAGUAUUUUGAUGUCAUGGGGGGGACUGGUACAGGUUGCAACGGGGAUAGCAUGGAUAACACAGAGAGCGGUUGUUAUCCCAAGGGAUUCUCCUCCGUGGAAGCAAAAGAAGGCGAAGAUACUUCCCCCUACGGAGUUGAUGUCGAUGGGAUGAAGCAUAGCGUUACAGAGGCAUCAAAAGGGGGCUCAAGCGAAGAUACCUUUGCAGUGGAUUACACCAACAUGUCCAUGGAGGAGAAAGAAAUAUUCGCACAGAUGAUGGAAGAGCAGACGAAGAAGAAUAACAUUAUUAAUGGUGGCCAUAAGAAUGGCGUAAAGGAAGGCGAACCGUUUUGCAUGACCACAGGAAAUUUUUCCAUCCCGGGUAAGGAUAACACGGAUAACAUGGAUGACACAGAUUAUACCAAUGCAUAUGUGCAUGCAACGGAAGAUAACAGCAGUGAAUUCGCGUCGCACAAUCAUACCGAUGGUGGUGUGUAUUCGUAUAGUAAGGACAACCAGGGGGGAGUCACCAACUAUUGCAUUGAUGGCUCAGUCGCUAACGGGGAAGGAGGACACCCACGCGAUGGUGGGAAGCAAAGUUUGGCCAACUACCCCCAUAUGCUGAUGGGGAAGAAGUGGAGCGACCAUGUGGGAGGCGAUGGUUUCCAUGCAGCAGCAGGUGGUCACCUUGGAGGGGGUCACCUUGGAAGUGAUCACCGCGGAGGUGGCUAUCAUCCCCAGGACGAGAACAAGUGUACCACGGAAGACGUAAUUUAUAUGGGGAUACAAGCGAGUGGAAGUAAAGCACCGCAGUACGAAGCGGAUAGUAAAGACUACCUGUACGCAAAGAAAGAAGAUUUAAAGACGGUUGCAUAUCAUCAGGACCUUUUCAACGAUAUAGAGAAUGUGAAUGAUAGCACCACAGAAUGUUCCUCUUCCGUGAAGGACAUUCCUCAACUGGUUGUUAACCAUCCUGGAGUCUAUUCAAAUAGGGUAAGCGACAAGGACGGUGUCUCCGUCAUCACCUCGGGGCACUUUACUUCCUACCCUGAUGCAAACAAUUUGGAGUUUAAAAAUGGUUUAGGAGAGAAAGGUUCCCAUUCAGAAAAGGAAAAAGAGUUCAUAUUUGAUAACAACUUGGGGUACAGCCAAGUGGUGAGUAAUGUCCCUAACACUUGUGAAGGGAAGGAGGAGGGAGAAGAAAAUGCAUUUGGUGAGUUCGUUGGUGGUGAGCCGAACCAGGGCGGGGUUGGUAGUUACGUAGCAGCAGGUCAUAGUAAUAAAGCCCUUUACACACCAGGGGCGAGUAACAGCGCGCUGGAGAAGAAGUGCGUAGUGAGCGAGAAGAGGGGACAGGGAGGCCCGAUUAACAUGAUGGUUAGCACUCCUGUUGGUGGUCUGGCCAGCGGUAUGAAUGUGAACAACGGGGGACGAAAUUACAAUACCAGCAAGAGGGAUUCUCUCCACGGGGAAGCCCAUACCCCCCCCAAUGAAGCUAUGUACAAGAAGAAGAAUUUUUACAGUGGGAAAGAGGUAGACAGAAUGAAGAAGAAAAAUGAAACGACAUUGAGAAAAAGCCAAUUACUUGAAUAUUCGAAAAAUGAAAAUGAUGAAUGUUUGGAAGAAUAUUUUAAGAGUACAAUUCCAGAAAACAUUUUGAGGAACAUAAAAUAUGAGAAUGCAACUAGCACGUUUAAUGACGACAUGGUUGUUAGUAACCAUGCUCAUUAUAAUUUGGCUAAGGACUUGAGGAACAACAACCCAGCGAACGCGUAUUAUGGAUCCGGGCGCGGUAGAGACAUGGGAGAGAAGAAAAGUGCAGACGCGAUGAACAAUUCUGGUGCGGCCGUUCCGGGAAUGCAUCUUAGAAGCAGAGGAGGAGGGGCGGCAGCUGCUGCUGCAGUUUCGGCAGCAACGCCUGUUGCGGUGCGAGAUGCAUACCAUGUGCAAGCAGACAAAGGGGGCGAUGUCCGGGAAGACUCCCAUAUAUUGCGCAAGCAGAACAACGGAAGUUACAACUACAUGGGGAAUAAUAACCUCAACGGGGGCGGCUACAAUGGGGGUGGUUACAACGGGAAUGGUUAUAACGGAAGCGGUUAUAACGGAGGCAGUUACAAAGGUUAUUAUAAUGCGGACAAGGACCCCGGAAUGCUAAACAGGAGCACGAGAAUGUGCAAUGAACCGGAAUCGAAUUACGCGUCUGGUAAGAGGUACUAUCUGUUGCCUCCUAAAAAAUGUGAUAGCAUGAAGGAACAGAAGAACCAGAUGCUGAUGAUUUCGAAGCAGAAAAUAAAAAAAAUCUGGAACAAGUUUAAGAGCGGCGCAUCUAAAGAGCAGAACCUCAUUCCUGCAUUCGACAAUGAACACAAUUUGUUCCCCAACAUGGACGUUCUGCACGGGCCCAAAAUGCACGCGCAGGGGCCUGCCCAGAUGGGCGCGCAAAUGGGAACACAAGUGGGCCCUCAGAUAGGCUGCACCCAAAUGAAUGUGCAGGUGACGCCUCAGAUGCACGCCCAAUUGGGUAUGGUCAUGCACCCUCAGAUGACGUCUCCACUGCAUACUCAACUACCGGGACAGUUGCACAGCGAGUUUUACGGCAUGUCUAGUCCCUUCCAGACGUGUAACCAAGGGGGAGUAGGAGGUCCAUUCAUGAGUCCUUUCAAGGAAUGCAUAAGCAAGCCCAUACGGCGAGGCAGCAAUGUGAUAGAAAAACAAAUAAAGUCCAAGUGUAUAUACAACUGGAAGUUGGCUCAAAAAUCUCUUCUCAAAAUGUUGCACAGUGCACAUGAUUACCAUUUUAACGGAGUAGAAUACGCCGAUUGGCAAUUGACAUCCAUCCCGACGUUAGGUUUUUCCAAGUCUAGUAACCGAGUGCAGCAGAUGUACAAAGCAGUGAUCCCUUCGAAGGAUGGGCACACUAAGAAUGAGGUGAAGCUAUUCUUGAAGAAGGUCCCCAUAUACAUAUGGAUCAAGCAGUACAACUUAAUGAGUGAGUACGAUGGAGAAUAUGUAACAGAUGGGGAGAAUUUCGUUAUGGAAGCAACUUCUUUAGCUUUCCUGAAUGAGUAUCACCCAGGUAUAACCCCCAAGUUGCAUCGCAUUUUGUACGAACCCGAUGGGAAGGAACCAAAUGAGUACACCAUCCCACCAAAGUCCAUGUUUAACAGUCUAACCUUAUUCAAUGAUAUUCUAACGGAGCGAUUAAAAUGCAACAUAAGUGGAAACAUUGUGAUCGUCUCUGAGUUUUUCAGUGAAGACAUUUUAGACUUUAUUGAUCGCAGACAGAAAAAGUUAAAUAUGAAAAUUAAUAACAAUGAAAAGAGCUAUAUUUUGUACCAGUGUUUGAAGUUACUAAUAAGGUUACAUGAUGCAGGUUUGUCUCACUUAGAUUUGACCCCAGAAAAUAUUUUAAUUUCCGAUAGCUACGAGAUGCGUUUAUGUGACUUGUCUAAGAGUACUCCAAUAUAUACUUACAAUUUGAGACAUAUAAAAGAUGUGAAUCGUUUGUAUUUGUUUGAAUCGUGUGAACCUACCAUUGCCAAGGGAGCUUACAUGCCGCCUGAGUGCUGGAAGAUUUAUUGGAAGUAUGACACGAUGAAGAUUAAGAAUCCUCUGAAGGACCUAAAGAACAUCACCGAUCAGGAGAAGCGGAAACAAUUUUACUUUGACGUUUCUAGUGCGGACAAAUUUAUGUUGGGUGUCUUUUUUUUUUGGAUCUGGACCAAUGGCAAUUUGUGGAAGUGCUCCGACCCUCUGCAGGAUGAGGACUUUUUCUAUUUUGUCAAGUGUGACAUGAACUUUGACAAAUUCGAGUUGACUCGCAAGUGGCCGAGCGAUUUGAAGAACAUCAUCAAGGUGAGUGAUUGA